UGUUCCGCAUUGCUGCCGUGCUUCAUCCAAACGCGGUUUAUCAUGGCGUCGGCCUUGGGUCGUUUUGGUUGGGGUUCAGCUCUCAAAAACGUCCUCGCAUCACCGGUAACCACCGUGACAGCGCGCCGAACGGCUGUGUGCUCUUCUUCUGGGGCCAUUCUGCCCAAACCCAAAAAGACCCCAUUCGGCAUUUGGCGGAUUGCGGCGGUAGUGGUGCCCUUCUUGUAUGUGGGGACUCGAAUCAGCAAGAACUUUGCCGAGCUCUUGGAGGAACACGACAUCUUUGUCCCAGAGGACGACGACGACGAUGAUUGAACCAAGAAAAUCAAGUAUAUUGGCGCCAGGUAGUUGAUGCGUUGAAUGACAUCACGUACAUAUAAACACUCAGUCUGUAACUAAUACGUUUACCCUCAAUUUAUACUGCUAGAUCAAAUUGAUGCCAAAAAAGUUAUUCAAGCGAUUACAGUAUCGUUUGAACGGCAACAGGUAAAUUGUUCCUUCUGCCAUCUAGUGGAAGACGACUGAAAUAUUCUGACAGGCACUGACCUAAACAUGAGUAACACAGAAAGAUGAACAAAUAUAUAUUUGUCGUCUAAAGUCAUGUCUUGACAAUUAUUAAGCACAGCCAUUUUUUUUUCAAAUGAUCUUUUCUUUUU